AUGUCAUCCUCGAAAUCAUGGCCUUCAGGCGUCAGUGCACCUCUAACGGUGAACAAUGAUAAUGACCACAGUGGUUUGAUUGUGGUUCUCACUGUGGUGUGCUUGUGUCUUCAUCUUCUUGCUAUCGCAGCGGUUAUCUUCUCUUCUUUUCAGAAAAGCACACUGCCCCCAGGCGGCUACGCGUUUGCCGCCCUUGUGACUACUGCGAUCGUUCAGGGAGCACUGGUUUUUACAGGAGUUCAUUUUGGAUGGGGAACUAGAAUCGGGUCUAUCGAAACAAGUAACAAGGAUAAAAUGCUGAAAAUAGUUUACUCUGCGGAACUUCUGUCUAUAAUUGUUUUAGGUCUCUCUAAAGUAACUGCGUGUAUCUUUUAUGAGGCUCUAUUCUCUCAUAUGCAACGCCGGUUUAUUCGUACACUCCUUCUGGGUACAAUUGUAUGGACAUUACUUUCGGUUGUCCUUUUGGCAAUCCGUUGUACUUCCAGCCCGUGGAAUGAAAUCAACGAUAAUACAUGCAAUAGCUUGUUCCAGCGCUGGGAAGCAGUCACUAUUAUCGACAUCAUUACGGAGAUCUUCCUCCUUGGCUAUGUGCUCCUUGCAAUCUUAAAAGUCAGGAUAUCCACGAAGCAGAAGAUUCUCGUGAUCUGUGCUCUUGAGAGUCGAAUCAUGUCUGUUCACCGUCGAAAAAACAAAUCAGAAACGAUACAAGAUUACUAA